GACUGAUAGUCAAGCAUGCUAACAUGAUACAAAGGAACAGAUGACCGUGCGAUGUAUUGCGAAAUGGACAAACAGCAACAAGACAAUCACACGUCCUGUCUGUUUGAGUAUGUUUAAAAUCUGUUCUGAAGGGCAACGUUCCAUGGCUUACGGUUGUUGAACAUCUUCGCCGGCCUCUCUGAUUGAGCAUUGCUGUCAGGCUCCUGCAUCAAUCUGUGCCACAGAAGCAAGUCAUUACGUUGGGACUGUGGUGACGGUCAGUAGCAGGAGAAUGGCAUCACCGUUUGUGCCUGUACCUAUACCCUUGGACAGAGUCUCAUCAAGUGUUAGUAACAAGCUAAAAAGGCCACCGCGAGCUUCGUCGCUGGGAAGUGUCUCCAGCAGCUCAGAAUUCUCAUCCUCAAUAACCAGGUCAGCUGUGGACGAGCAUGGAAGAUGUAGAAGUUCCCAGUUUCAGUCCCGUUGCACGGACAGAAGCAGUCGAAGCCAGACGCCACCACCUCAACGCAGCCCUGUCAUGCAUACCAGAGGAAAUGGGACUUUUGAGCCCUCAGUGGAGUAUUCAAGUUGCCCCCGCUCUAUAUCUGCUCCUAUAGCGAGCCAGCAAGGAGGAGGAGAGAGGCCUUUCACCCCAACGGUGCUUGGAUAUGAAGUCAUGGAGGAGAGAGCAAAGUUUACGGUGUAUAAGGUCCUAGUCAGGAAAACCACCAAUGAGAGCUGGGUUGUUUUCAGGAGGUAUGCAGACUUUUCCAGACUCAACGACAAGUUAAAAGAGAUUUUUCCGGGCUUUCGGCUUGCGUUGCCUCCUAAACGGUGGUUUAAAGACAACUAUGAGAGCGACUUCCUGGAAGACAGGCAGUUGGGACUUCAGGCCUUUUUGCAAAACUUAGUUGCACACAAGGACAUUGCCAACUGCCAAUCAGUGAGAGAGUUUUUAUGUCUGGAUGAGCCGCCAGGGCCCUUCGAUAGUUUGGAAGAGAGCAGGGCUUUCUGUGAGACUCUAGAAGAAAGCAACUACCGUCUGCAGAAGGAACUGCUGGAGAAGCAACAGGAGAUUGCCUCGCUCAAGAGGAGCCUACAGGAGAAAGAGCAGGCCGUUCUGCUUAUGGAAAAGCAUAUCAAUGGUGAGUGUGGGAUGCCCCAGUCUCCAUGCGGUCUGUCAACUCAGGGCAGCGAGAGCAGUGCAGAUGCAGAUGUGGAAUCCUCAUCUGCUGCAGAAGCUGAUCAGGACAUCCCAAACGAACCGGGACAGACAUUCAUCAUCCUGCUCCCAUACAAAAUGCUAAAUGUAUUUGGCUUUCAACCAGAUGCAACCAGUAUGCUGAAGGAAUGAAUCAAUCUGUGGUUUUAGCAAAUGUAUUGUGCCUGUUGAACAGAUGUCUGACAUUAUUUUGCCUGACAAGUUAAAUGGACAAUUGAAAAUAAACAAGCAAACAAACAGAAUUGCCAAUUUGUCUCUGUCCUAAUUCAUGUAAGAAUAGAGAAACCUGUACAACAGAGUGCAAAAUAUGGAUCAGUCACCCUCUGCACUCUUUUUUUAAUUGACUUACAUUUUCUACCAUGCUUAUUUUCUGAAUAUAAAAUACUGUACUUGUUUUCUUUACCAUCCUUUCCGCUCUUUACGAUCACAUUCUACAGUCAUGAGGCCAAAAUCUGACAGCCGAGCCCAGAAAUGUGAGGGAUUAAAUAUUCUGCACUUCUGCAGGAUAACCUUUUAUGUGCUUUUCUUCCCCUCCUCUAUAUUAACAUGCAUCCCACACUUUGCUGCUGUUACUGUUUUCUGUAUUCAGGGUGGAAAAUGUUGAUUCUGAUCAUUUAUCAUGAUACAAAAUGAUCCUGAUGACAGGAUCAACAUCUCAUUGAUGAAGGUUGGGGUCAGAGUGCUCUCAUUUUAUCAGUUUAUGGAGUAGUGCUAUAGUGUAUCGUGAAAUCUCAAUUUCAUGCACUAAUAGUGAGAAGUGGGCAUCCUUUAAAGCUAUAUAUAGCUAGACUUCAGAUUCUCAGAGCUAAUCAGAGUCAGGUGCGAGCCAACCUGGAGUCCAAUCAAUGUCAAGAUUGGAGGUGUGGCAAAACAUUUAGGACUUGCAAAAUCUGGGCUGAUUUCUUCAAACUAUUCUAAUUUUUUGAAUUCCUGAUUUUGUGGGUUUUAUGAGCUGGAAGCCCAAAUUCUGUAAAAAAAAAAAUUGUUUAAAUUGUGGGCCCUGAAUCUAUAAUCUAUGAAAGUUUAACUUUUUGAAUGGAAUUAUGGAAAUAAAUAAACUUUUCCAUAAUAUUAUUUUUUUUGGAAAGGGUCUGUAGUUGUUUAUGCUGUAUUAAUUGAAACAGAAUUUGUUUUUUCUUGUCCAUCCAUCCAUUUUCAACACCGCUUAUCCUGGUUAGGGUCGCGGGGCGCUGGAGCCUACCCCAGCUGACUUCGGGCGAAAGGCGGACUACACCCUGAACUGGUCGCCAGUCAGUCGCAAGGCACAUAUAGACACGGACAACCAUUCGCACUCACAUUCACACCGUCACUGAGUGGGAACUGAUCCCACGCUGCCCGCACCAAAGUCAGGCGAGUGCAUCAGUGACUGUUUUUUCUUGUGAUUUAGAUAAAGAUCAGAGUACAUUUUAUGACCAAUUUAUACAGACAUUUAAGAAAUAGUAGUUGGUGAACAUACUUUUUCCUCCCACUCCCAGAUUCUAGCUGGGGGCAGAAGCCUCAUCUCAAUUUCAAAGUUUAUUAUAUGCCUAAAGGGACAAAUGUAAAGAGAAGUCACCCCCAAGGUCUAAGAUCAGCCAGCACAGCAAUGCAUUUAUUGUGAGGUAAUUGUAUGAGUAAUGAAUGUAAAUGUUAGCUGUUUUAUUUCAACAACCUAAAAACAAACUGAACGCACAUCAUUAGGCAAUACUGUGAGCAAUUGUUUUCCUUAUAGGAGACCAAAGCAUUUAAAUUAAAGGUCUAAACAUUUCCACAGCUUGGAGCUAAAGCAGCUGUUUUUGUUUUUUUGUUUUUUAAUUAUUCCUGGAUUGACUCAUUCAAUUUGUGUAACACAUGAACAUUGUUAGUUUUUUUGUUCUACCAUAUUUAAUAAUUUGUAAAAAAAAAAAAUAAUAAUUAAAAUGGAGCAAAUUCAUGUAAUAUUUAGUUUCCAUAAAAGGCAUUUCAUGUCCUACUGCACUCUAAUGAAGCAAAUGAUUGACGCAAUUUUGAUUUGAAGGAGCAGAAAUAUGAACUGCUGACUGUGGCAAAUAAUUACAUUUUAAUUUAAGAAGUGGGAGUGCCUUCUGCUGCCUUAGUAAUAUAAGAGCAAAGGUGGUACUUAGAAUUAAAAAAUAUAUAUAUAUAUACAAAAUUUGAGGUGAUUUUAAAACCUCCACACAAACAAACUGGAAUUUGAAUGGUUAACAGACAACAAUAAAGGGACAUUUUAUACUAAUGUCAAAACGAGAUUUUAGUUAUAACUGUAUGCAGUAAAAGCAGCAAAAAUGGCAAAUCUUUAAAAGUGAAAGUCUAUGAGCCUAUGAAGAAAGUCAAAUCGAACCUUUGCCACCUUUAACCUUUGUGGAAAAACAUCAUCUGGCCAAGGCGAGAUAAAAAAUGGCUUCCUUUCAAACAUAGAAAAACUCUUUAUAUUUCCUAAAAAAAAUUUUUUUUUGUUUUAUUUUUGUCCUGUUCGGCUGUUAGGUCAAGCAGAAUGGAAAAUCUGUAUCCCUUUUAUGCCGGAACAGUUUUACUGUGUCACAGUGGAGUUUUUAAGCUUCCCCUGUGGUUUGUUAGUAUUAUAGUUGAGGUUUAUUGAGAAUCAGACUAGAUCACUCGAACAGAACAAAGUUUCUAGAAGGGAGAGAGAAACAAAGACAAAAGACAAAGCCCUAAUUGUAAACAGGAUGAGAGAACUAAAUCAUUGUAUUACCUACAACAAUGAAACAUUAAAUAUGAUUGUUGCGUGGUGCUACACCCUGUGAGGGAAGGACAGGACAAGAUAGGACAGGAGAAGAAGCAUGCAGGACAAGGGUCGUGAACCCGACUGUACAACUGAAGUGUGGUGGGAUUAAUUAUGUAAAUUAUAAAAGUCUGCAGGACAAGAGUAUAAGUGAGGGUAUACACAAGCGAGUUGCAUAUUCAUGAGAUAUUUGUCGCAGUAAGUGCGUGACCCCACACCCAGUGAAAGAGUCCUAGGGGGGUGUGCCUGCGGAUAGAGGCAAGUGAAUUGACACCGUUUUACAUGCAUAAAGACUGACAGAAGUGUCCUGUAACUGCUGUGGCCGCACCGCGGAGGCUGAGAACCCCACCCAAUCGAGGGGCGGGAUCGGGUCCAGGGGUCCACCCGAGAGCAGCCCGGCGGACAGGACACGUCCCACACCAAGGGACCCAGGGCGGUCCACCGGCCCCACCCAGGCGCAGGGACCCAAUGCCAACCACUCCGCCAAACCCCACCCAACACCCACCGCCACCACACCCCCCUCCACCCCCAGCAGAUCCAGACUAUUCCUAACUGACGGAAUUCUCUGACGUAGAACUCGCAAGCAUCUUCGCAGAGAGUCGGUAAACUUUGUCGGUGGCCUGUUUCUUUAAAUAUUGCUGUUGGUAAGGAUUAUGGAUAACAUAUCUCCUUUCAGGAGUAACUUAUUCUAAAAGUGGGUUAAAAUCACUUUUCCAAAGCAAUUGGAACAACCUUUUCCCUCAAGUACUUCCCUGUCAUCUCGUGUGAAUAGGAAAGGACAGAAAAUUCCUAAACAAUAACCAGAAUCUGAAGAGGCCCUUUGUCUGAGAGUUAAUGGUCUCACGUUAAAACAAAGUACUAUAAUUUUAACUUUAACAUCAAUUAUUGAUGUGUCUGACGCCUUACUGCUUUGAAUGCAAGUGCCCUUUACGUAGUUAUUCUCCUUUCCCGUUCAUGUUGUUUUCACAACAACCAUUGUUGAGGCUGGUCCUUUUUUGGUGUGGUGAUAAAAAGCCAAUUGAAAAGUAUAAAACAUGCCCAUAGUCCAUCUUUUGAUACAUACGUAACUGCGCUCUCAUGAGGCAUGCUGAGGUUUUUUGUGUGAUAUGAUGAGGUGUCUCUUGAUGUGACACCUGACAAUGGUUCAGUUUUGCGAGGCCUUAGGCGCAUUACACUACCAAAGGGGCCCUUUGACCUUACAGGUUCCAAUAUACUGAUGUCUUGUCAAUAAUUGAUUUGACCCCAACUACAGUGUGUAUUCUGUUAAACUCUUUACACUCUGAUGUUCUUUGACUGUUGCACACGCCUCCCUUACAUCACAUUUUACUAACAGAUUACCAUCUUCACAUGAUGGCCGCAAGCCUUCGCAUUCCUGCUUUUUCUCCCCAUCUGUUUUCUUGAAGAGAGGAGAACGUGUCUUCCUCUUGUGGAAUUUAAUGGCGGUCUUGUUAAAUUUGCAAUAACGUACUCUAUUAGUGGUUGUAUAGUGCCUGUUCACACAUGAAAAUGUCCUUCAGUGUCAUGUUCAAUGGCUCAUCUGCUUCUACU